UCACAAGGCGGAGAAGUACAUAUCAAUAGAAAUGGAGAGUAUGCCUAUGCAACAUUCGUAAACAACGAUCAGUAUGCCAAGGGCGUGUUGGCGUUGAAGCAAUCAUUGGACAGCGCUCAGACACUAUAUCCAAUGAUUGUGUUGGUCACUGAACAAGUGUCACAGGAGACCGUCAGUCGACUGCAGAACCUUGGUUGCAUCACAGAGGUAGCGCCCGCCAUCCAACUAGACAGCGAUGUCAGCGUACAAGUAGCUCGAUGGCUGCCUGCCUUUAGCAAGUUCAAAGCAUGGAUGAUGACCAAAUACACAAGGAUCAUUUGGUUGGACUCUGAUAUGUUGAUUAUAAAGAACAUUGAUCACUUGUUCUCAUUCAUUGAUAUGAAUGAACCAGAGACUAUAUAUGCAACGGUGGACGCAGAUGCCACUUCAUGCCAGUGGCAACCGCAUAGAAUGAAGCUGAUCAAUAGUGGAUUGGUAGUAUUAUCACCGCGCAAAGAGAUCUAUGACAAACUGAUCGCCAACAUCAAACCAGUGUCCAAGUUGCAGAACGGCGUGGUGAAUGACCAGGACGUGCUCAACUACACACUCCAGUGGAAGGCGCUCAACUAUCCAGAGUAUGGCGUACAGAUCACUCAUUGCGAUUGUGUCGAUCCUCGCCUGUGGGACAUGGACAACACACACUUCCUUCACUUCACCGCUGGCCUUCAAGCACUUCCCAAGCCAUGGCAAUACCAGCCCGAUGUUGGACUGGGUGACUCAGUUCCAGAUUGUGUGGAAACUCAUUACAAGACAUGGUUGUAUCACUACAAUAAAGCAUUGGAACGAGUU